AAAAUGGCUGGCCAACAAGUUCUUCCCCAAGCUUUGUAUCUGAGCAAUAUGCUGAAAGCCGUGAAGAUUAGGGAGAGAAUUCCUGAAGACCUUGUCAUACCCACCAAUGGAAUAAUUCAUCACUUUAAAACGAUGUACAGAUACACAGUAGAAAUGUUCAGAAUGUGCCAGUUUUGUCCUCCGUUUCGGGAGAUCCUUCAGAAAGCUUUAAUUGACCGAUCCACCCAGAGUUCGCUGGAACAUCAGAGGAAGCUGAACUGGUGCAGGGAAGUUAGGAAACUUGUGCCGUUAAAGACUAAUGGUGAUGGUAAUUGCCUCCUGCAUGCUGCAUCCCAGUACAUGUGGGGUGUUCAAGAUGUGGACCUGGUCCUGAGGAAAACGCUGUUCUUGGCUCUGCAGGAAGUGGAUACACGCAACUUUAAGCUUCGUUGGCAACUAGAGACUGUUAAAUCGCAGGAUUUUGUAGAAACAGGACUCCUCUAUAACACCAGGAACUGGGAAGAGGAAUGGGAGAACCUCAUCAGUAUGACAUCCCCAGAAACAUCAGUGGCCCGAAGUGGGCUUCAGUACAAUGCACUGGAAGAAAUCCAUAUAUUUGUCCUUGUUAACAUCCUCAGAAGGCCGAUCAUAGUUCUUGCAGAUAAAAUGCUGAGAAGCUUGGAGUCCGGUUCAAGCUUUGCCCCUCUGAACGUUGGUGGAAUUUACUUGCCUCUCCACUGGCCAGCUGAAGAAUGCUAUAGAUAUCCUAUUGUCCUGGGCUAUGACAGAAUGCAUUUCACACCACUGGUCACUCUGAAGGACAGCGGGCCAGAAAUCCGGGCUGUCCCACUGGUCAGCAGUGAACGAGGCAGGUUUGAAGACUUGAAGGUGCACUUUCUGACAGACACUGAGGAGAUGGGAAAGGAGAAGCUACUGAAAGAAUACCUGAUGGUGAUAGAGAUUCCAGUGCAAGGCUGGGACCAUGGUACAACUCAUUUAAUUUAUGCUGCAAAGUUAGAUGAAGGCAACUUACCCAAAGAGAUAAAUCUGGUGGAAGAUUACUUUCAACUGGUACAGCAUGAGUACAAGAAAUGGCAAAAGAACAAUACGCUUAUUACGAGGGAGCCCUACACCGGGAAUAUACUGGAACUGUCCUUACCCCAGCUGUCUCUUGUAGAGGUGAAAUGUGAAACUCCCAAUUGCCCCUUCUUUAUGUCUGUAAACACCCAGCCCUAUUGUCAUGAGUGCUUUGAGCGGAGGCAACAGGGAAAUAAACCAAGGAGACCGAGCUCCAAAACAGCAUCUGAAAAGUCACGGACGACUGGAGCAGGCUCAUCUAGGGUUGAGUUUUGUGAGCCCGGGGGAGGGCUAUCUGAAGAGCCAGUGACAGGGCCUCAUUCUGCACCUCCAACAGCUCCAAGCCUUUUUCUGUAUAGUGAAACCACCGCUAUGAAAUGCAGGACUCCAGACUGCCCUUUUACGUUAAAUGUGCAACACAAUGGACUCUGUGAACGCUGCUACAAUUCCAGACAUCUCAGUCCCUCUAACAACUUGGACAACCUUCGACAUGUAAACAGUGUGACAUGUAAAAUCUGCCUUCAGGACACGAACAGGACCUUUAAUGGCAUCUGCACCUCUUGUCUCAAAAGGACUACAGAGCCGUCAAUUGCCAAUCCUGUCUUCCUGCCCACGUUCCAUCGGCGAUCUCACUCCGACCCGUCACAGCUAUCCCAGAGCUUCCUCCAGCAUUCCUGUCAUGCAGCACCCAGCAACGAGCUAGAGGAGCUGUCUUCUUCAGAAAUGCUUCAGGUUCCUCACAAUUCAUUGGAAAGGAAUGGGAGUAGCCAGUGCAGAAAACCUGGCUGCACGUUUUUUGGGACUCCUCAGAAUGAAGGCUUUUGCACUCUAUGCUUCUUUGAGUACAAGGAAAACAAUGGUAAGAAUUCUUCUGCUUCUGGUCAGCCUGGGACCUCUGCUGCCACAUUCCAUAACACCAUUUCCUGCCUGGGGCGAGAAUGUGGCACCCUGGGCAGCAGUAUGCUUGAAGGGUAUUGUCAGAAAUGUUUUAUUGAAGCACAGACUCAGCGAUUCCGUGAAGCCAUAAGGACUGAACAGCAGCUAAGAACUGGGCAACACAGAGACUUACAGGUAUCAACAGUGGGGAGCCAAAAGCGAAAGUGUUCCACGGCUUCUUGUAGGAACAACUUAGCCUGCAGAAACGAUGAGCUGUGUCAGGAGUGCCAGCGAGUUCAGUCUGGGAAUCCUAGAGGGCCAGCUGCAGAAGAGCCUCCGAAACAGUGCUGCCGAGCCACUGGCUGUGAUCAUUAUGGCAAUAAUAAGUGCAAUGGCUACUGCAAUGAAUGCUACCAGUUCAAAGAGAUGUAUGGCUAG